UAUAGAUGUCCAUCUGGGCCGGGCCCACCGGGCGGCCCACGACACGGCACGAAAGUGGCCCGGCCCAGCACCGGCACGGCCCGGCUUCAAUCGUGCCUGGGCUAGCCCGGCCCGUUCGCCGUGUCGGGCUGGGCCACAGAAAUCGGCCCGUCGGGUAUAGCCCGACCCGGCCCGCCUGAGGGGGAGGCACGCGGCGGCCCGGUUAGGUUAACCGGCCGCGCGCGACGCGCCCCAGUGGCCCAGCCCAGCAGCCACACCCCGCCGCCGCAUUUACGGACACAGCCUCAGUGUCGCCCUCGCCUCGCCAGUCGCAUUUACGCUCUCGCCCUCGCCUCGCUCUCUCGCCCUCGCCUCGCUCUCUUGCUCUCUCCGCCCGAACCCUAAUCUCCUCUCCCCUCUCUGAUCUGCGGUUCGCCGCCGUCCGCCGGUGUCUCCUGUGCUUGGAAUCAGUUGCACGUCGGUCGCCCGCGCCGUGCUUGGACAUCUAUACUUCCUCUCUGUCCUUACCUUCCUCUCCCGGUCCUCUCCCUAACCCUAAUCCCCUCCGGUGUUCCUCGCUCCACGGAUCUCGGCCAUCGUCCGUCGUCUCCGGUGCUCCGACUGCACAAGGUAUCGGUUAAAUCGGGUGCCGUGCAGUCGUUGAGGAGUCGGAGACGGGUGCCGAGAGCCGAGAGCCGAGAGUCGGAGACCGGUGUGUUCCUCGUCCUCGUUGUCGAGGUCAAGGUCUCAAUACUAUGGAUCUUGACCCGGCUGCAGAGGAUGAGGAGGCGGAGCGACAACUUGAGGACCACAAUGAGGCGAUGGAUGCUAGACAAGCCUUAUUGGGUGUUGGUGUCACUCAUUUAGAUCCAGUCGACCUCGAGGAUUUCGUCGCCUCUAGAACAGGCACUGGCACUGCUACGGACUCCACGAGCCCACCAGCAUCUACCACUGCCUCUGCUGGUGGCGGCUCAAGGAAGAGAUCCAAAGUUUGGAACAAUUUCGACGAGUUAACCAAUCUGGUAAAUGGUAAGCGUGUAAGGUAUGCUGCUCGAUGCAAGUUCUGUCAUGAGACAUUAAGUGCUAGAUCCUCUUCUGGUACUGGUCACUUGCUUAGACACAAUUGUAGUGCUAAGAAGGCCCACGAUCGCUCUGGCCAAACCCAAACUGUGCUUAAGUACAACCCCGAUGGUUCUUUGCAGCGUUGGGAGUACUGUCCUUCUGUUGCAAGGAAUGAACUUUGUCGUUUGAUAGCUAGAGAUGAUCUACCUCUAUGGCAUGGCUCCACUGAUGCAUUUCAAGAAUACAUCACUCGUGCACAUAACCCUAGAUUUGUGCAUGUUUCUAGGCAAACUACUGCUAGGGACAUGAUUAAGUUAUAUAAUGAGCGUAAGGUAAACUUAAUUGGUACUUUGAAAACUGAUGUUACAUCUGUUUGUCUAACCUCUGAUAUUUGGGCUGGCAAGGCUAAGGAAGACUAUUUAAGUGUAGUUGCUCAUUUUGUGAAUUCUCACUGGGAAAUAGAAAAAAGGUUGCUUGGUCUAAGGUUAAUUGAUGGUAAACAUAGUGGUGUUAGUAUUGCUAAUCUGGUUGCUACUAUGAUAGAUGAUUAUGCUUUAACUGAUAAAGUAUUUGCAAUCACCUUAGAUAAUGCUUCAUCAAAUAAUACUGCCAUGAAAUAUCUGAGACCUUUCUUGUCUGGUUACCUUGGUGUGCCUGCUCCUGUUGUGACUGAUGAUGAUGAUGAUUCAUUUACACCUACUGAUGAUGACUUGUGCACUAUGUUCUUGCAUCAAAGAUGUUCCUGUCAUGUUAUUAAUUUAAUUGUUAAAGCUGGUCUUCAACAUUUGAAAGCUUAUAUUGAUGACUUUAGAACUGCUAUAACCUUUUUAAAUGCUUCAAAUCAACGAAUAGCUGCAUAUAAAAGCUAUUGUAUGAGUAUGGCUAUUCGUCCUCGUAAGUUUGGUGUUGACAUGGAUGUUAGAUGGAAUUCUACAUACUUAAUGCUUAAACACCUAGUACCAUACAAGUCCAGCUUUUCUGUUUUUAUCAAAACUCAGUAUCCUUUGCAUUCUGAUGGUACUCCUUUACUCACUGAUGAUCAUUGGACAAUUGCUGAAAAAGUUCUUUCUUUCCUAGAAUUAUUUUAUGAAUCCACAGUUGCAUUGUCUGGUGUGUACUACCCUACUGCUACUUUGAUGCUACACCAUAUUCUAAGGAUAGCCAGACAUCUAAAUGCAUUUGAAAAUGAUAGACUUCUUAGGGCUGCUGUUGUUCCUAUGAAAGAUAAAUUUUUGAAAUAUUGGAGGGAUAUUCCUAUUCUAUAUGCUGUUGCAUUUAUUUUAGACCCAAGGGCUAAGAUGAGGGGUUUUAACAAACUCCUUGUCAGGUUAGCUAGCUUAACUGGUACAAAUUACUCUAAUGUUCCAAUUGAAGUUAGAUCUAAACUAUCCAAGAUAUUUCAGUUGUAUGAAGCUAAAUUUGGUGACACACGCCUGCGUGCUAAUCAACACCCAACAUCUCUUGGUUCUGGUAAGAAAAAAAUGGCAUGGGAUGAAAUCUAUGGUGAUGAUGACUAUGAUGGUGAGCUUUCUGUGGGAAGGAGACCAGGUUCUAGUUCUAUCUCUACUGCUGCAUCCACUUCUGAGCUGGCAUCUUACUUAGAUAGUGAUACUAUUACUGAGUUUGAUGAGGACUUCAAUGUCCUAUCUUGGUGGCAUCAGCAUAAGCUCACUUAUCCUAUUCUUGCUCUACUUGCUAAAGAUGUAUUGACAGUCCCAGCUUCUACUAUAUCUUCAGAGUCUACCUUUAGUCUUGCUGGCAGGGUGAUUGAAGAGCGUCGACGUCGCCUGGCUCCAGAUAUGGUCGAGGUUUUGUCUUGCAUAAAAGACUGGGAGCUUGCUGAUGCUCACCUGCAGCAUACUGUGGAGGAAGAGACAAGGGAACUUGAAGCUGAACAUGAGAACUUGUACCUUGAUGAUCCAGAAGAACACAACCAGUAGUUGGUGGUGGACUGGUGGAGUGGUGGUUGGCUAGCUUAGUUGUUUGCCUGAUGCCUGAUGGCUUAUUCUUGUAAUGAACUCAUGGACUGUACUGUAUCUGUAUGAACUUAUGCCUUAGGGCUUAGGAGCUGUGGCUGUACUCUUUUUUCCUUCUUAGGCUUUUUUCUCACGAGGUGUGAGUUUUUGCCUAAGAAGGUUUUUAAUGAGGCAGCCAUUGCACACAGCUCCAUAAUUAUUUGUUUCCAUA